AUGUCAAUACCGUCGACGGCAGGGACGGCAGCAUCGGUGGCCUGGCGAGGAUGCUUGCGACGCAAAGCAAUCUUGAGGCAGGCGACGGCCUCUAGGCGCAACAUCUCCUCAUCGCAGGCCUUGAGACACAGCAACAGCAGCAACUCAGAGAAGUCGAGCGACUAUGCCGAAUCAUCUUCAUCCUCAUCGGCCUCCUCCUUUUCAUCUUCAUCUUCGACGCCCAGCAGCUUCUAUUCACCCUCAGCCUCCAGCAGCGCAUCUCUGCCCCACUCGAACAAGACUCGCUCCUUCCCUCCGCCCGCCUUUCCUCCCAACUUUGGAUCCAACCAAGUUCUCCCCGUAGCUCCCGCUUCUCAGCAACGCCUCUCCCGCAUCAUCUCUUCCUUCCACUCUCCGAUCCGUUUCGCCUUUGCGUAUGGAUCGGGCGUCUUCUCGCAGACGGAGGCGGGUCCCGAGCAUAGUAGGAAGCCCAAGGUCAAGGAUGAGCAGACGGGAGAGGAAAAGAAGAUGGUGGAUCUCGUCCUGGCGGUUGGGCAUCCGGAGCAUUGGCAUGGCUUGAAUCGUGGACAGUUUCCCAAGCAUUACUCAUGGCUGGCGAGGCUGACGGGGGCGGAGGUAUUAACGGGCCGGAUACAGAGAGCAGGCGCUGGACUCUGGUACCAUCCAUACGUCAACAUCAACGACGAGAUGGUCAAGUACGGUAUCAUAGACAUCGACACCCUCUGCGCAGACUUACUCGACUGGGACACGUUGUACGUCUCCGGUCGUAUGCACAAGCCAGUGGCCAUGCUCGUUGCCGACCCGCGCGUAAGGGUAGCGCAACAGGUCAACCUCACCUCUGCUCUGAGGGUGGCACUCCUGUUGCUGCCGGAGACGUUCAGUGAGGUCGAGCUGUACACCCGCAUUGCGAGCCUGUCGUACACAGGAGACUUUAGGAUGAGUGUCCCGGGCGGGGAGAACGAGAACAAAGUCCGCAAUAUCGUCCUCUCGCAACGCUCGCAAUUUCGCCGCUUGUACGCCGGCCUUCUCCAAUCCCUGGGCACAGUCUCUGUGCACGAGCAUAGAGAGGAUCGCUUCGCCAUGAGGCAGGAUGUCUCUCCCGAAACCAGGGCAGGGUACGCAGCAAGGUUGCCCCUGAGGCUGAGGGAGAGAUUGAUGGACCAUUAUGCGCGCAACCCUCAGCUGGACCCGGCAUUUGCGGCAGUCUCACUUGCCAGGGGCGAGCCAGAGAUCAGAAGACGGCCAACCAGCGGGGAGAUGCAUCCGGGCACAGGGGAGAAGGGGAAGCCCAAGUCAAAGCAUGAGGGCGUCCCUGCUGAGCAUCUGUCGGCCUUCUGGCUCGCAGCGGUGCAACGCGACGAUUUCCGCACGAUCCUCCUACAGCAGAUCGCGGAUACGGUCAAAGGCCCUGCGUGGGCUCAAAGUCUCAAGGGAGUGUACACGGCCGGGUUGGGUAGGACGGCCAAGUAUGUUCUGGCAAAGGCGGGCAAGUGGUGGGAGGGGAGAAAGGGCUAG